CAUAAUGGUUUCCAGAAAAUGUUGACUUAAAACUCGAGUAUCACAGCAUAGCCUAUAGGUUCAAGUGCAGAAUGCGCAAUGCCGCCCGAGCAGCAGCGGCUCAAGCAGCGGCGGCUCAAGAGCAUGGAAUUGAAAGCUAUACAUACACAAAGUAGCUCAGACAAAUCAGCGCGUAGUCGGACGCAAGUCUGAAUCCAGGGUCUGUCGUGACUUAAUUCAAGAAGAAGCGUCAUGUUAAUCCCUGCCUAGGUUAAAUAUAUUGACCAAUUAACCUUUCCUUUGCUCGCUCAAUCGGUGCAAGGAAACGCAUGACUUCGUCGGCUGUCCCUCCAUUGUGCUAAGCCUCGACCUCACCGAGCAACGUCGAGGCUCCACGCAAUGAACAAUUUGUGUACAUAUUACUACUUAGGCCGCUCUAGCAUCAGUUAAGAUGUUUCGAGCUCACAGCUGCGCCAUGCUUGUCUCCAUCCAUACCUUCCCGGAAGCGGUGCCUCGAGGCAGAUUAUUGCCUCGAGAAGAACUUUUUGUCAUCGCCAAUCCUGACCGUGGCCUGCAAGAUAAAAUGGCUGCCGUUUUACCACACGCUCGCUCACGGCGCUGCGUUCUCGCCGCGCCUUCAUAUAGUUUUCGUCUGCGGGGCAACAUCUCUUGCUUUGAGUCAGCCAGAACGGUCCACUCCUGGGCCGCCACACCCACACCUCGCGCCAUCUCCGCACGAAGCGCCUCGCGGCAGUGCCAGCGUCGCGCGUGUCGCGCCCAAUGGCGCGACUUCAGUCCAUUCUGGCUCUGAUCGCCGUGGCGCUGCUUGCGUCUGGAGCUGCGGCAACCCAGAACGACUGCCUCGGAGGAUGUGCAAGCAGCCAUCCAUCUUUCGAGCCGGUUUGCUGCGACGGCCGCAUGUGGUACAACGCUUGCUACAUGCUGUGCCAGGCGCCAAACAUCACCCUCUACGAGCGCUGCCCUUCGCCCUCGCCUUCGCCCGCGCCUUCGCCUUCGCCGUCGCGUCCUCCUUGUGAUCCUCUGACCUACCCCUACGUCAACCAGACGUAUCACUGCCAGUCGGAUUGCCGCACCUACACGCUCGUGGAUGUCAACGCCGGCUGCAUGCCCAACUGGGCCGGCGCCCGUGCCUACUGCGAGAGCCGCGGCCUGGAGCUCGCACCGUGGGACACUGAUGCCUCGAACGGCGCCCUGCACACGCUGUGCGCUGCCAACCGCUACACCUGCUGGGCGGCUGGUAGCAUGCCCGAUGGGCUGUGCCCGGUCAUGAGCCAGGAGGGAGACAUGCACUUCCAGGGCUGCAACCAGCCCGUGCGCUUCGUGUGCCGCACCACUACGUCAUCUUGCGCUUCUCCACUGCCCCCGAGCCCCAACCCGCCCUCUCCGCCGCCCCCAAGCCCCGACCCGCCCUCUCCAUCCCCGCCAAGCCCCAAUCCGCGCUCUCCUCCUCCUUCACCCGCCCCGCCCUCUCCCCUGCCACCCUCGCCUUCGCCUUCGUAUCCGCCCUCCCCUGCUCCCCCGCUGCCGCCGUCGCCCCCUGUGUGCAACCCCUACACGGCGCCUUACAAGAACACGUCGUACUUCUGCGAGAACGACUGCCGUACAUACACGCUUUACGACAUUGACGCCAUCUGCAUGGUCGACUACUACACCGCCGACAAGUUCUGCGAGUGGAAGGGCGGCGAACUGGUGCCGUACGACGAGGUGCCCGCGUUGGGCGCGCUGUACAAGCUGUGCCGCGACAACCGCUACACGUGCUGGACGGGCGGUCGUGAUGACAGCACCGACCUGUGCCCGCUGAUGACCCAGGAGGGCUACAUCGUGCAGCAGGGCUGUAAGCAGUCCGUGCGCUGGGUGUGCCGCACCAAGGGUCCGCUGUGCCAUCCUCCGCCUCCGUCGCCUCUUCCCCCUUCACCCGCUCCUCUGUAUCCGCCUCCGCCAUCGCCGGCGCCACCUUCCCUGCCGCUGCCGCCAUCGCCUGCACCUCCGUACCCUCCCUCGCCGGCACCCCCUUCCCCUCUCCCUCCCUCGCCGGUGCCUCCUUCCCCUCGCCCGCCCUCGCCGGCGCCUCCUUCCCCUCGCCCUCCCUCUCCAGCGCCCCCUUCCCCUCGCCCGCCUUCGCCAGCGCCUCCCUCCCCACGCCCGCCCUCUCCGGCGCCCCCUUCCCCUCGCCCGCCUUCGCCAGCGCCUCCCUCCCCACGCCCGCCCUCUCCGGCGCCCCCUUCCCCUCGCCCGCCCUCACCGGAGCCUCCCUCCCCUGCACCGCCCUCGCCAGAGCCUCCCUCCCCUCGCCCGCCCUCGCCUGCACCCCUGUACCCUCCCUCACCGGCGCCUCCCUCCCCUCGCCCGCCGUCUCCUGCGCCUCCUUCCCCUCGCCCGCCCUCGCCAGCGCCUCCUUCCCCUCGCCCGCCCUCGCCUGCGCCUCCUUCCCCUCGCCCGCCCUCGCCAGAGCCUCCUUCCCCUGAACCGCCCUCGCCUGCGCCUCCUUCCCCUCGCCCGCCUUCACCGGCGCCUCCUGUCUACCCGCCGUCGCCUGCACCUCCCUCGCCGGUGCCUCCUUCCCCUCGCCCGCCUUCACCGGCGCCUCCUGUCUACCCGCCGUCGCCUGCACCUCCCUCUCCCCUGCCACCCUCGCCUUCGCCUUCGUAUCCGCCCUCCCCUGCUCCCCCUCUGCCGCCGUCGCCCCCCGUGUGCAACCCCUACACGGCGCCCUACAAGAACACCUCGUACUACUGCGAGAACGACUGCCGUACAUACACGCUUUACGACAUUGACGCCAUCUGCAUGGUCGACUACUACACCGCCUGCAAGUUCUGCGAGUGGAAGGGCGGCGAACUGGUGCCGUACGACGAGGUGCCCGCGUUGGGCGCGCUGUACAAGCUGUGCCGCGACAACCGCUACACGUGCUGGACGGGCGGUCGUGACGACAGCACCGACCUGUGCCCGCUGAUGACCCAGGAGGGCUACAUCGUGCAGCAGGGCUGUGAGCAGUCCGUGCGCUGGGUGUGCCGCACCAAGGGCCCGGGUUGCAGCAGCCUACCUCCCUCGCCGGCGCCUCCCUCGCCUCCCACUCCUCCCUCGCCCGCCCCUCCCUCGCCGGCGCCUCCUUCACCUCAGCCGCCCAGCCCGCUCCCACCCAGCCCGCAGCCUCCCAGUCCCCAGCCGCCGCGCCGGCAGCCACCCAGCCCGGCGCCGCCGAGCCCUCUGCCCCCCAGCCCGGCGCCGCCGAGCCCGCUUCCCCCCAGCCCGGCGCCGCCGAGCCGGCAGCCACCCAGCCCGGCGCCGCCGAGCCCUCUGCCCCCCAGCCCGGCGCCGCCGAGCCCGCUUCCCCCCAGCCCGGCGCCGCCGAGCCGGCAGCCACCCAGCCCGGCGCCGCCGAGCCCUCUGCCCCCCAGCCCGGCGCCGCCAAUUAGCUGCGAGGCAAAUUGCGAUGUGCGGUACCCCAACUGGUACGUGUGGGUGUGCGGCAAGGACGGCCAGGCCUACCGCAACUGGUGCUACGCCGCCUGCCACGGCUGCUACCUGUACACGCCCUGCUCUGCUCCAGGCGACAGCAACGAACCCGUCAUCGGCGACAACGUGCUGAGCCUCACGGACGGCGGCUACCUCUACCGCAUGUGGACCGUGGACGCCAAGCAGCGCCGCACCUACGCCGGCGCCGACGCCUUCUGCACCGGCCUGGGCUCGGGCUGGGGCCUGGUGCCGUACACCGACCUGGCGGGCUACGGCGCCGUACGCCGCCUGUGCGCCAACAACGCCUUCACCUGCUGGCUGAAGCGCGGCGAGCGGGAUGACAACUACCCGCUGAUGGCCGCCGAUGGGACCCUGCAGAUGCAGGGCCCGAACCAGGAGGUUCGCUUCGUGUGCCGCCAGCAGCAGUAAGACGGGUGCUAUCUAGGCUGCACGAGCAUCGUUGCGCUUUAGGAUUUUACACAUUAUCCACCUCAAGAUGCAUUCUUCUCUUAAAUCGAUGGUGCUUGUACAUAUUUAGAAGAUGGACGGGCCCGUUGGGCAUGUUUUUUUACGCGUUCCGUAGCUGCUGCUUAUGGAACAUUAAUCACGCCAGCAGGCCGCAUGACUGCGGCUUGUGCAUCUGCACACAAAAAAAGUACCACACACACCAUGGAUUGCCGCCUUUAGUCAACUGCUAGCAAUGGACCUGACAAACAUUGAUUGAUUCCAACGAUGGAUGCAUCACUGUUGACCGUACAUGUCGUGCUUGACCAGGGCCCCGGUGUGUGGGCGUGCUCAAAUGGGCCCCUAAGCCACGCAAUUCGCCAAUGUAAUCCGAUCGGCCUACUUGUCUCGGAAUGUCUGGCUGGGCGGGGCCUAUCUACCAUAUAAGCCUUUAGGGUGGGGCCUGCCAGGGAAGCCUGGAAGCCGAGCAGGCGCGCGGUCAGGGCACGCAGCAGGAGGGUGAGGAGAUCAGGAGAUGUGCGGGCGGACUCACCGGCUUAGCGGCCUCAGUCAAAGGGCCGCAUACAGUGUUUUGGCAGGGUAAGGGGCAAAGGCACGGUAGAGGGGGCUAAGGGCCCCACUGCUCGUAUCUUCCAUCUACAUGAAUUUGCCCCAAAUCCGGCGAAGGCAGAGAAACUUUUCCGCUUCUAUGAAGUGUAGACGUUUUGGCGCAGACUUGGCGGUAUCUUUGAACGUUUUGGCCUUUUGGGGGUUUGGGGCUUAUUAUCUAGGGAAUAUUGUCCAGGUGCAUCUAGCUCUGUAGACGCCGCGGGCCUGAGGGCAUCUACAAAACACGGACGUCAAUGGGGGGGCUGUGCGCGUUCAGGGGCACACGGUGGACGUUCGGGACGUUCGUUCGCACUGAAGGGCCCCCCCGGCUCUGGCCUCUGCAUUAUGCAAGGACUCAUCUGCGCGCUUGAUCGUGCGCACAAAACAACACAUACCGCACACGAGCGAGUGGACUGGCACGCACGGUAGCUUGCAGGGUUUACGAGGCACUGCAAGAUGCACUGUCUUGGAUUGACCCUCCAGAAUUCCCUCCAAGCGCCCAGCAGGCGCUGUCUCGGUGUGAUCCCCAGCAAGGACUGCCAGGCGUCGUGGCAGUCUGACCGACACAUUCUGCGAAACCGCAAUUGCUGGACAGUGCUGGAGGAAGGGCCCGACGGAGGAGUUCUGGGCGGGGCGUGUGUCGUAUGGCAAGGCUGGCAAUCCGCGCUCAAGUCGCACGCACGAAGUUAGAGUCAGGAGCACUACAUGGCGCACGACUUUUUAAGCGUAGCUA